GUUUGGUGCUGAAGUCACAACCACCAGGAGUCCUCUUUCUCCCACUCCUCCCUCUCUCCUUCAGCGCGGGGAGCCCGGAGCGCAGAGGGCUGAGAAUGAGGCGAUAGUGGAGGAAGAAGAAAUGGCCUCGGACCCCUGGAAAAUGAGGCCGAUGCCCCUACUGCAGCUGGCGCUGCUUCUCGGCCUGCCCAGGAGCUUAGGGGGGAAAGGGUGUGUUUCUCCGCCCUGUGAGUGCCACCAGGAGGACAACUUCAGAGUCACCUGCAAGGAUAUCCAUCGCAUCCCAGUCCUACCGCCCGGGACACAGACUCUGAAGUUUACAGAGACUCAUCUGAAAACCAUUCCCAGUCAUGCAUUUUCAAAUCUGCCCAAUAUUUCCAGGAUCUACUUAUCCAUAGAUACAACUCUGCAGCGGCUAGAAUCACAUUCCUUCUACAAUUUGAGUAAAAUGACGCACAUAGAGAUUCGGAAUACAAGAAGCUUAACUUACAUAGACCCUGGUGCCCUAAAAGAGCUGCCUCUUCUGAAGUUCCUUGGCAUUUUCAACACUGGACUUAAAAUAUUCCCUGACCUGACCAAAGUUUAUUCCAUGGAUGUAUUCUUUAUACUGGAAAUUACAGACAACCCCUACAUGACUUCCAUCCCUGCCAAUGCUUUCCAGGGACUGUGCAAUGAAACCUUGACGCUGAAACUAUACAACAAUGGCUUUACUUCAAUCCAAGGACAUGCUUUCAAUGGGUCAAAGCUGGAUGCUGUUUACCUGAACAAAAAUAAAUAUCUGUCAGUUAUUGACAAAGAUGCAUUUGGAGGAGCAUACAGUGGACCGACUCUGCUGGACGUCUCUUAUACCAGUGUUACUGCCCUGCCUUCCAAAGGCCUGGAGCACCUCAAGGAACUGAUAGCAAGAAACACUUGGACUCUAAAGAAACUUCCAAUUUCCUUGAGUUUCCUCCAUCUCACACGGGCUGACCUUUCUUAUCCAAGCCACUGCUGUGCUUUUAAGAAUCAGAAGAAAAUCAGAGGAAUCCUUGACUCCUUAAUGUGUAAUGAGAGCAGUAUCCAGAGCCUGCGUCAGAGAAGGUCUGUGAAUGCUUUGAAUGGUCCCUUCUACCAGGAAUAUGAAGACGAUCCAGGUGACCACAAUGCUGGGUACAGGGAAAACAAGUUCCAGAAUUCCCACUCUCAUUAUUAUGUCUUCUUUGAAGAGCAAGAAGAUGAGAUCAUUGGGUUUGGCCAGAAGCUCAAAAACCCACAGGAAGAGACCCUACAGGCCUUUGAUAACCAUUAUGACUACAUAGUGUGUGGGGGCAAUGAAUACAUGGUGUGUACCCCCAAGUCAGAUGAGUUCAACCCCUGUGAAGACAUAAUGGGCUACAAAUUCCUGAGAAUCGUGGUGUGGUUUGUUAGUCUGCUGGCUCUCUUGGGCAACGUCUUCGUCCUGGUCAUCCUCCUCACCAGCCACUACAAACUGACCGUCCCGCGCUUUCUCAUGUGCAACUUGGCCUUUGCGGAUUUCUGCAUGGGGAUGUAUCUACUCCUCAUUGCCUCCGUAGACCUCUACACUCAAUCUGAGUACUACAACCACGCCAUCGACUGGCAGACAGGCCCCGGAUGCAACACGGCUGGUUUCUUCACCGUCUUUGCUAGUGAGUUGUCAGUGUAUACACUGACAGUCAUCACCCUGGAGCGCUGGUAUGCCAUCACCUUCGCCAUGCGCCUGGACCGGAAAAUCCGCCUCAGGCAUGCAUAUGCCAUCAUGGUUGGGGGCUGGGUUUGCUGCUUCCUGCUGGCCCUGCUCCCUUUGGUGGGAAUCAGCAGCUAUGCCAAAGUCAGCAUCUGCCUGCCCAUGGACACCGAGACCCCUCUUGCCCUGGCAUAUAUUAUCCUUGUCCUGUUGCUCAACAUAGUUGCCUUUAUCAUCGUUUGCUUCUGUUACGUGAAGAUCUACAUCACAGUCCGAAAUCCCCAGUACAACCCAGGGGACAAAGACACCAAAAUUGCCAAAAGGAUGGCUGUCUUGAUCUUCACUGACUUUAUGUGCAUGGCCCCCAUCUCAUUUUAUGCUCUGUCAGCUCUUAUGAACAAGCCUCUUAUCACGGUUACCAACUCCAAAAUCUUACUGGUUCUCUUUUAUCCACUUAACUCCUGUGCCAAUCCAUUCCUCUACGCUAUUUUCACCAAGACCUUCCAGCGGGACGUAUUUAUCCUACUCAGUAAGUUUGGCAUCUGUAAACGCCAGGCUCAGGCAUACCGGGGCCAGAGGGUUUCUCCGAAGAACAGGACUGAUAUUCAGGUCCAAAAGGGCACCCAAGACACGAGGCAAAGUCUCCCCAACAUACAGGAGGACUAUGAACUGCUUGAAAAGUCCCAUCUCACCCCAAAUAAGCAGGGCCAAAUCUCAAAAGAAUAUAAGCAAACAGUUUUGUAAGCUGACCCUAUACUACUCACAGUGUUAAGGGGACUUAUAAAAGGCUGGUUUCUUGAACAUGAAUUCUAACCCCUAGACACACACAAGCCAGCUUACCUAGCUAUUGUGCAGGUGACAUUUCAUGGGGCAAGAGUUCAUCUCCUGAGAGGAGCUAGUAUUAAACUAAUCAU